ACGUCUCGCGACGGCCGCCAGGAGCUCUUUUGUGGCGGCCGCGGUCUUGUGUGAGGUGGGUCAGCUCGGCCGCGCGUCCGGCCGGCCGUCGGUUCAUCAGCCCGUCAGCCCCAGGCCUGUGUGCCGCCCCCGUGACUCCCAGCGCCGGGCGGCAGAGCUCGAGGCCUGGCCGGCCCGCGCGGGCCCGGACAACGUCAGUGACGGGCUGGUGGGGCGAGCGAUGGGGCGAGAGCACAGCCCGGGGCGCGGGGCGCCUGCGGAGCCCGCCUGACCCCGACCCGGGGCGCGGGCCGGCCCCGCGGGGCUGCGCGAGGGUUCUGAGCACCGGGAGCUGGACCCGACCCGCCCCCGCCCGGGGCGGCCGCCGAAGGAGGGCGCCAUGGAGGCCCCGGAGCCCCGGGAGGCAGCUCCGUCGUCUCAGGACCCUGCUCUUCCCCUCAAAGAGAUUCCAGAAGAUAAAUUGGGUCAGGGUCUCCUGGAAGGCAGGUCCGAGGAGUUGGUGACUUUCAAGGACGUGGCCGUGGACUUCAGCCAGGAGGAGUGGGGACAGCUGGACUCCCCUCAGAGGGCCCUGUACCGGGAUGUGAUGCUGGAGAACUACCAGAACCUUCUCGCCCUGGGGCCUCCCGUCUGCAAGCCAGACGUGAUCUCUCACCUGGAACGAGGCGAGGAGCCAUGGUGGGCACCUAGAGCUGUCCCUGGAGGGGCUGGUCCAGAACCAGAACGGGAGCCGGGGCCUGAGGUGGAGAAGCUGUGGUCUCAGCAGCUGUGCGUUUACAAAGAAGAACCGUCAUGGGAGCCGAUCGCAGGUGGGCUGGCGAGGUCCGAUCUCCACAGCCCCGGUCCUGGCGACAGGGGCGCCCAGGGGGGCUCGGCGACUGCUCUGUCACGAUGUGAGGCCGCCAGCACCAGGGACGGUCCCACAGAGGAGCACCGAUGGGGCCACACGGUGUCUGAGGAGGCUCUUGGCCGGAGGUGCGCCCUCCUGGCCCAGCCCAGCCUUCCCACAGAAGGAGCCUCUCCGGACGGCUGCGUGGGGAGUGUGCAGUCCAGCAGAGCCAAGCGUCAGAGCCCAGGCGCCGGGAGUGGCCCGUUCGCGUGUGGCGAGUGCGGCAAGGCCUUCCAGCGGAGCGCGGCCCUGGCGCUGCACCGGCGGUGGCACGCACGAGAGAAGGCCUACAAGUGCGGCGAGUGUGGCAAGGCCUUCACCUGGAGCACCAACCUCCUGGAGCACCGGCGCGUCCACACCGGCGAGAAGCCCUUCCUCUGCGGCCAGUGCGGCAAGGCCUUUAGCUGCCACUCAUCCCUGAACGUGCACCGGCGCGUCCACACGGGCGAGCGGCCCUACAAGUGUGGCGCCUGCGACAAGGCCUUCAGCUGCAGCUCGCUGCUCGGCAUGCACCUGCGCGUGCACACCGGCGAGAGGCCCUACCGGUGCGGCGAGUGCGGCAAGGCCUUCAACCAGCGGACACACCUGACGCGGCACCGCCGGAUCCACACUGGUGAGAAGCCCUACCGGUGCGGCGCGUGCGGCCGGGCCUUUGCCUGCCACUCGUCCCUGACGGUGCACGAGAAGCUCCACAGCGGGGACAAGCCCUUCCAGUGCGGCGACUGCCAGAAGGCCUUCAGCAGCCGCUCCCGCCUGACGCUGCACCAGCGUGCCCACACAGGCGAGAAGCCCUUCAAGUGCAGCCAGUGCGGCAAGGCCUUCAGCUGCCACUCGUACCUGGUGGUGCACCAGCGCGUCCACAGCGGCGAGAAGCCUUUCCGCUGCAACGAGUGCGGCAAGGCCUUCAGCUCCCACUCCUACCUGAUCGUGCAUCAGCGCAUCCACACCGGCGAGAAGCCCUUCGACUGCAGCCGCUGCUGGAAGGCCUUCAGCUGCCAUUCGUCGCUCAUCGUGCACCAGCGCGUCCACACCGGGGAGAAACCCUAUAAGUGCGGCCAGUGCGGCCGGGCCUUCAGCCAGAAUCACUGUCUCAUUAAACAUCAAAAGACCCACUCCGCAGAGAAGCCCUUUAAGUGUCAUGAGUGCGGCGAGGUGUUCAGCUGGAGCGGCCCUCUGGCGGAGCACCGCAGGCUCCACAGCGGGGAGAAGCCCUUUGCCAUCCAGUUCGACAAGCGCUUGCUGAGCACCUGCUACGUGCCUGGCAGCCUACUGGGCACAGGGGGCUCUGGCGGGAGCAGCGUGGGCCCUGUCGAUGCCCUAGACGUGGCUGAGCUCCUGGGCGUGGUCCCGCUUGGCCGGCAGGAGUUCCCCAUGGGCAGCAACCCCAGAAAUUAACUCAUGUGUGCGAGAGACACCCACCUGCCCACCUGGAAACACCUCUUAAGGCUGUCACCUCCUGGGAAGGGAUCCACCGUAGGAGAGGAGAAUUGAGCGCAUUUGAGGAUAUACCUUCGUCCUGUUUUUUUUUUUUCCCGUCCUCUUUUCUUUGAUGGGUUUGGAAGUCACUGAGGGGGGACAGAUCUUCCCUGCGUAUGAAAAAGAGGUAUGUCAGUCAUGUGUCCUUGGACAGCCUCCUGGUGUGAUUUCGAUCUGGAAUUUCCUUUGUAAACUCUUAUGUUUAGAAUGAUAAUUUUUAAAAAAAAACUGAAUUAUGAACAGUAUUACUUCUAAGUGAAAGUUAUAUUCCAGCAGAGGAGAAUAAGCUUUUUUGGGAAAAAGCAAAUUUCCUGGACUCGCUUCACUCACAUAGCCCUGCUGCAGAGUCAUGUUGUUAGUGACAGCGCAGCUGUCUUGGAACCUGGCCCAGCAUCCGCAUAGCUGGGUCCUAACAUGCCAGCCUCAUGCCUGGCCACCUCGUCCAUGCUGGAAGCUGGGAGGACACAGGGGUGUGCCUCCAGGGUGCAGUGUUGGCACACAGGUGUCUGGAAGCAUACCUCCACCCCGGCUGGCGAGGCCACCUGCAGGCCCGCUCAGGUACCACGUAGGUCAGCCCUACGAGAGGAGCUGGGCCCCGUGCUCCCCUGAGAAGGAAAAAGACGGUGUUCAUCUGGGAUUUGUGUCAUUUCUGCUCAGUUCUAAGUAGAUAUAAGCUGCCUUCUCAGUGAUGAUACUUCACAUUUGUAUAAAGUGCUAGAGUUUAUGAAAUGCUUUUUAGUAUACUUUUUAAACUAUGGAGGCAAAAUAACCACAUUUCAGAAAAUACGGAAUUAAGGGGAAAACACCCAUAAUUCUUAAUAAAAUUGCAUUUUGCACUUUGGUAUGUUACCUUCUGCUUUUUGAUAUUGCAUUUUUACAUUAAACACAGUAUAUACAGUCCAACAUUCUAAUCUUUUUCCCCUGCUUACCUGCAUAGCAGGACUUCUUUUUCCCACGGAGCCUCACUGGCUUUGGAGCUGUCCUUCUGGAUGGGGGCGUGAUGUUCUAUUAGCUGUUUUUUUGUUGGAUGCAGAAGUUAUUUCCAAGUUUUCACUGUUACAAGUCAUUCUUCAUAUAGCAUCUUUUUGCGUUAUCCUUCUUUAACGUUGUCUUAGAGUAGAUUUCUAGAAGUGAGAGUUUUGAGAUAAAGGAAAUGAACAGCUUAAGGCAUCAUUUUAGUAUAUUUUUGGUUGUGUGAUAACAAAGUAAUACCGUCUCAAUGUGAGGAGAACCGUCAGUAGUGGUCAGGCGCGUCCAGGUCCUGGAGGCCGACGCUGCUCCGAGCUGGGUCCAGACGGGCUUGCUUCUGGGUGCCACGGCGAUGAUCCCAGGUGUCCACCCCCAUUGUUCCUCCAGCGUCCCUGGGGCGGGUCUCAGGCCCUUCCUCCAUGACAAAUAGGGAAAUUUCUAUUGGACAACUGCAUUGGCAAAAGAUAGAUAAAAUCUCAGUUUGAUUCAUUAUCAUACUCAUUUUUCUUAUUUUAAAAGAAAUUCAAAUGCAAACAUCUUGGGGGGCCCCGGACACCACACCUGCUGUCUGCCUGGCGGGGCUGUUAACGCCCUCAGCUGAGAGCAGCACCUUGCUCUUUGAUAACCGGUGAGGUUGAAAUGGAACGUGUUCUUACUAUUGGUCUUUCUUCUUGAAAACUGUUUGCAUACCCUUUGGCCCCCUUCCACUGAAGUCUCGAUGUUCUUUUAUUUACAUAUAAACUUUGUUUUCUGAUCAUACGCAUAAUACAUGUAUAUUGAAGAAAUUUGGGGAAAAAAAUCAAAUUUAUAAGAAUAAAAAUGACCCUUAGAAUCAGUUCACAGGUCAUGACCUAGAGAUGCAUUUCCUUCUGGUUUUUUUCUCUGCGUGUAUACACGUCUUUUUUUUUUUUUUUUUUUUUU